AUGACUUCGCCUUCACCGGCGAAUAGUCCUAUGCCCCCGCCACAGGCUCCGAGCCCCAUGGGACCUCCAUCCCAAAGUCCGGCUCCGUCACCCUCGCCACACAGUCCCUAUACACAUCCACCACAGCAGGGCCCUGGUGGUCCACCCGGUCAGGGUGUGCCGCCGGGUCCACCUGGACCUCAGGGUCAUCAAGGUCCACCACAUGGUCCACCUCAUAUGCAAGGUCCACCACCGGGAGCGGGUCAACAUGGUCCACCACCUCCUGGUCAUCCUGGAGGUCCUUAUGGCCAUCCUAUGCAACAUGGACCUCCUCAUGGACCACCUCAUGGUGGUCCUCAACAUGGUCCCAUGCCUACACAGCAACAUGGAGUGGUAACACAGCACGGACCACCACCUCCGGGUCAACAUGGUCCACCAGGACAGCAAGGAGGUCCUCCAACUGGACCUCCCAUGGGUCAUGGUCCGCCACCACAUGGUGGUCCACCUCACGGUAUGCCUCAACAACAGCCUGGAUCACAAGGUGGUCCACCACCUCAUUUAAAUGGUCCGCCCGGACAAGGGCCACCAGGUCCUCAAGGACAUCAUAUGCCGCCACAUCAUCAAGGCAUGGCUCCUCACAUGAGCAUGCAAAUGCCUCCUCAAGGACCCAAUAUGCCACCUAUGGGCUUUCCAACUCACGGCAUGCCACCCAAUACAGUCAAGCAAUAUACUUUCCAACUAGCUGUUUAA